UGGAAUUCGACAAGACCUGAGCAGCGGAGCAAGAAAGCCUUAUCGGUCACCAUGGCCUCUUGCCCCACCGCCUUUUUCUGCAACCACGCAGCAACAGCAGCACCGUGGUCAUCUUCCAGAACCGGAACCAGAAGAAGCUUCUGUAGGCGGAGCUCUGUGAAAGCAGCCAUCAAUGCCAAGCUCGACCAGAAGACGUCGUUGCAGUACAAGAAGCUCGGAGACUCAGACCUUGUAAUUAGCGAAAUCACUCUGGGAACCAUGACAUUCGGCGAGCAAAACACAGAGAAAGAAGCUCAUGAGAUUCUCAGCUACGCAUUCGAAAAUGGGAUUAACGCUUUGGACACUGCAGAAACCCACCCAUUUCCAAUGAAGAAGGAAACACAGGGAAGCACUGAUCGUUUUAUCAGCAGCUGGCUCAAGUCUCAACCCCGUGAUAAGGUUAUUUUGGCAACAAAAAUAGCUGGGUAUUCGGAGAUGGCAAGUUAUCUGCGUGACAAUGCCACGGUCUUGCGGGUGGAUGCUGCAAACAUUAAGGAAAGUGUAGAGAAAAGCCUUAAGCGCCUUGGCACAGAUUACAUUGAUUUGAUACAAAUUCAUUGGCCAGAUCGCUAUGCGCCAAUAUUUGGUGCGUAUUCUUAUGAUUUUUCCAAAUGGAGACCAAGUGUGCCAUUCGGGGAGCAGCUGAAGGCUUUUCAAGAACUCAUUGAUGAAGGAAAGGUACGCUACAUUGGUGUUUCCAUUGAAACUUCAUACGGAGUGAUGGAAUUUGUACAUGCAGCUAAAGUUGAAGGACUACCAAAGAUCGUCAGUAUCCAAAACAGUUACAGUCUGCUAGUUAGAACUCGUUUUGAAAUUGAUCUUGUUGAAGUUUGCCACCCGAAAAAUUACAACAUUGGCUUACUGGCUUAUUCUCCACUGGGUGGUGGAUCUCUUACUGGAAAGUACAUAGAUAUCAAUUCCGAAGCUGCUAAAAAAGGGAGGCUGAACCUUUUCCCUGGCUACAUGGAAAGAUAUAACAAAUCUAUUGCCAGGGAAGCAACAAUAAAGUAUAUCGAGACAGCCAAGAAGCACGGGCUAACUCCGGUUCAGCUUGCACUUGGGUUUGCACGGGACCGUUCAUUUGUGACAAGUACAAUCGUUGGUGCAACUUCUGUGAACCAACUGAAGGAAGACAUUGAUGCUUUUCUGUUGACAGAGAGGCCUUUGCCACCGGAAGUGGUGGCUGACAUUGAAGAUAUUUUCAAGAGAUACAAAGACCCUCCCAUGUUUUGAAAAAAAGUAGCCUAGGAAGUGUAAUUAUUGUUUUCACUUCACAUGUCUGGUUUAGAUGACAAUCGAAGGUCAAUGAUAUCCCUUGUUUGACCUUGGGAA